AUGUCGGUCCGCAAUAAUCCUUUCGCGAGGAACGCCUCGACGAACUCGUCCGGCUCGGGCGGUCCUGGCCGCCCCAAGUCCGUCCUGUCUCCGACCUCGCCAUCCCUCUUGACGGGGACACCUUCACCCCCCGCACAUUCUAGGACGCUGUCCCAAAGCUCGCAGAAUUUUGCUGCUGCAGCAGCACUUGCGCCACCAGUACCCAUCCGGAGCAGCCAUGGCCGUGGCCCAUCGAGAGACGCCACGCCGAGCUCCGGCACAUUUGCGCCGUUGUACCUCAAGACUGAGGACAUGCGAAAGCCCACUGACGUUGUCAAAGGAAUUGAGGGCGAGAACGACUUUUCAGGCAGAAAGUAUGUCUGGCUUAAGGACCCGCAGACGGCCUUUGUGAAGGGUUGGGUGGUGGAAGAGCUCGAGGGCGGGAAGCUUUUGGUCCAAUGCGACGAUGGGAGUCAACGAGAGGCCGACCCCGAGACCGUUGACAAGGUCAACCCAGCCAAGUUCGACAAGGCAAAUGAUAUGGCCGAGCUCACGCACCUCAACGAGGCAUCAGUCGUCCACAAUCUGUUCACGAGAUACAUGUCCGACCUGAUCUACACCUAUUCCGGGCUUUUCCUGGUCACAGUCAACCCUUAUGCGCCGAUUCCGAUAUACACCAACGAGUAUGUCAACAUGUACAAAGGCAGGAGCAGGGAGGACAACAAACCCCAUAUCUUUGCCAUGGCCGACGAGGCGUUCCGGAACAUGGUGGAUGAGAACGAGAAUCAGAGUAUUCUUGUCACCGGUGAAUCUGGUGCUGGAAAGACCGAGAACACGAAGAAGGUGAUCCAGUACCUGGCUGCGGUGGCUAACUCCCAGGCUGCGGUUAAGAGCAGAGGCAAACAGCACGCAAACCUUUCCGCCCAGAUUCUCCGAGCAAACCCGAUUCUGGAAGCCUUUGGGAAUGCUCAAACGGUCCGAAACAACAAUUCAUCCCGAUUCGGUAAAUUUAUCAGAAUCGAGUUCGACCGCGACGGGUCCAUUGCUGGCGCCUUCAUCGACUGGUACCUCUUAGAAAAGUCACGGGUGGUCAGGAUCAAUGCCCAGGAGCGGAACUAUCAUAUCUUUUACCAGCUCCUUCAGGGCGCGGACCGGAGGCUGAAGCAAGAGUUUCUGCUUGAGGGGAUGGGCGUGGAGGAUUUCGCCUACACUCGUGAGGGCCAAGAGAUCAUUACCGGGGUGUCCGAUCAUGACGAGUGGAACUCUCUGAUGGAAGCCUUCUUGGUGAUGGGGUUCACGGACGAGGACCAAACAUCGAUUUUGCGGACCAUUGCCGCCGUUCUCCAUCUCGGCAAUAUCUCAGUGGUCAAGGAAAGCAGGUCCGCAGAUCAAGCCCGUCUCGCAAAUGACGCGAAGGAGGUUGCAACCCGAGUUUGCAAACUUCUAGGCGUACCGGUCGAACCGUUCCUUCGUGCUUUGCUGCACCCCAAGGUCAAGGCCGGGCGGGAAUGGGUCGAGAAGGUUCAAACCCCGGAGCAGGUGCGGUUCAGCAUCGACGCCCUUGCCAAGGGCAUCUACGAACGCGGCUUCGGGGACCUCGUCACCCGAAUCAACCGUCAGCUCGACCGAUCUCGAUCGGGACCCGACGACACUCGCUUCAUUGGCGUUCUGGAUAUAGCCGGUUUUGAAAUCUUUGAGCAUAACAGCUUCGAGCAGCUUUGCAUCAACUACACCAACGAAAAGCUGCAACAGUUCUUCAACCACCACAUGUUUGUCCUGGAGCAGGAAGAGUACGCUAGGGAGCAGAUCGAGUGGCAAUUCAUCGAUUUUGGCAAGGAUUUGCAGCCAACCAUCGAUCUGAUUGAACUCUCCAAUCCCAUUGGUGUCUUCUCGUGCCUUGACGAGGAUUGUGUGAUGCCCAAAGCCACAGACAAGACCUUCUCGGAGAAGCUGAACUCGUUGUGGGAUAAGAAGUCACAAAAGUAUCGGCCAUCUCGACUAGGUCAAGGAUUCAUCCUCACGCAUUACGCCGCCGAGGUGGAGUAUUCCACCGAGGGCUGGCUAGAGAAAAACAAAGACCCUCUCAACGACAAUCUUACUCGAUUGCUCGCGUCUUCUACCAACAAGCAUGUCGCCAAUCUCUUUGCUGAUUGUGCCGACCAGGACGACGAGGCUGGCGGCAUGCGUAGUAGGGUCAAGAAGGGCCUGUUCCGCACCGUCGCUCAAAGGCAUAAGGAACAACUAUCCAGUCUCAUGGGUCAGCUGCAUCUUACCCAUCCUCACUUCGUUCGCUGUAUUCUUCCCAAUCACACGAAACGGCCCAAACAGUUCAGCGGUCCACUGGUUCUGGAUCAGCUGCGCUGCAACGGUGUGCUGGAGGGUAUCCGGAUUGCCCGGACAGGAUUUCCCAACAGGCUGCCGUUUGCCGAGUUCCGCCAGCGAUAUGAGGUCCUUUGCCGAGACAUGCCGAAGGGCUACAUUGAAGGCCAGGCGGCCGCCAGAAUUAUGCUAGACCGGUUCAGCCUCGACCGGUCAUUGUACCGCAUCGGUCUCACCAAGGUGUUCUUCCGCGCCGGUGUCCUUGCCGAGCUUGAAGAACAACGUGACGCCCUCAUCCGUGAAAUCAUGUCCAAAUUCCAGUCCGUAGCACGGGGUUACAUGCAGCGUCGGAUUGCGUUCAAGCGACUAUACCGAGCUGAGGCAACGAGAGUCAUUCAACGCAACUUUCAAGUCUACAAUGACCUUUGCGACAAUCCCUGGUGGCAACUUCUUGUCCGCAUGAAGCCUCUUCUAGGUGCUACGCGGACUGCGGCGGAAGUGAAGAAGCGAGAUGACAUGAUCCGCCAGUUGAACGAAAAGAUGAUUCUCGAACAUGAAAACCGGCAAAAGUUGGAAGACGAGCGGAGGAAUGUGCAUGCUGAGAUGCUCCGGAUCCAACAAACCUUGGAGAGCGAACGGGCUCUGGCCCUCGACAAGGAGGAGAUUUUCAAGCGGCUUCAGCUCCGGGAAUCGGAGCUCGAAGAUAAGCUUGCGGGUGCUCUCGAGGAUCAAGAAAAGCUUGAGGACCAGCUAGACGAUCUACUCGAGGCCAAGAAACGGGCUGAGGAUGACGUGGAGCGUUGCCGCACCCAAUUGGAGCAAGCAGCCGGUAUCAUCGCCAGACUGGAGAACGAGAAGUCCGAGCUCGCUGGACGGGUCGAGGAUCUUGAGCGGGCCAUUGAAGACAUCUCCAGGGCACAGUCUGAACGCAGCGAGCAAGAGGCCGCGCUUGAAGGCGAGAUCAAGAUGUUGCAAAGCCAGCUUUCCCUAAAGGAUCGCAAGGCGCGCGAUCUGGAAGCCAAGUUGCUCAAGACGGACCAGGAUCUCGAGGUCAAGCUGAUGACUGCUCAAAAGGAACUACAAUCGUCGAGGACCAAGAAUUCGCAUCUCAGUGCGGAAAAUCGUGAGAUCCAGCAGCAGCUUACGCAACUGUCGAAGACAUCCACCGACUAUGAGGAUCUCGUGAGGAAGAAGGAGAGCGAAUUGGCUCUUCUCCGCUCCGACAAUAGGAAGCUCGAUACGGAGCGACGCAACUUCGAGGACCACAUGAAAUCCUUGAGCCUGGAGAGAGAGAAGGCGACUGAGCGCCUGCACGAAGUCCAAGCGCAACUUACCGCCAUGAAAUCUCAACAAUCUCAACUCCACCGAGAAGCGGAGGAUGCGAAGCGACUGCUUGAAGCCAGGCUUUCAGAAGACUCCCAAGCCGACGAGAACCGCCAAGUCCUCGAAGCCCAGAUCAAGGACCUCAAGGACGAGCUGUACAACACUCAAAUGGAGUUCAGUAGGGAGCGCCAGUCUCGGGAUGAUGUACAACUUCUUGGCGAACACAAGUAUCAGACCCUCAAGGAUGAGUACGACCACUUGAACGAGUCAAAGAUCACCAUCGAGAAGGAGCUCUAUGCCCAACAAGACACCCUGCGUCGCACCAUGGAAGCACGGACGACAGCAGAACAAGAAAGAGACGAUGCUCGCGAGGAGAUCCGCCGUCUCCGUGUUGCUAAGACUCAAGCCGAAGAAGCUCGCCGUGAGGCCGAGGUUGUUGGAGAGCGCGCUGCUUUCAAAGUGGCGCGGGAGCGCGAAGAGAGCCUGCACAAAGACCUUGUUGCAGCGCAUGAACGCCUCAAGUGGUUUGAGGAGGAAUGCACCAAGCUCAACCACCAGGUCGAAGAUCUCAACAAAUUGAUUCUGGAAUCUGGAGAGUUCGGGCUGAAAAACGACCAGGCUAAGGAGCGGAUGGAGCGAGAACUCCACACCGUCAAGAGCCGUCUUACUGCCUCGGAAAAUGACAACCGUGCUCUCCUCAACAAGCUACAGCAAAAGGGACUCGAAAUUGCGCGGUCAACAUCGCGGGCGAGCGAAGCUUCGCGUGGCCAGGUUCUGUCUCUGCAGCGUGAGAAGACGAAGCUGGAAGAGCAAAACACCAAGCUUAACAAACAGCUCGGAGAUUCACACGUCACAAUUGCUUCCCUUGAAAAGCGUUUGGAGAAGCUGCAGCUCAACUUGGAAGAUCUUAACCAUGAAGUGGCCAGGGAGGUGCAGAGCAGCCGUAACGCCGAAAAGGCGUCGUCCAACUUCACAGCUCAGCUAGCAGAGGCCAAUCGGACCAUCGAGUCGGAAAAGCAGCUUCGGACACAAGCGCAAGGGACUGUCCGCACACUGCAGUCUGCAUUGGAUUCCCGAGAUUCGGAACUCGCAGACUUGCGGACGCAGUUACUCAAUGCUCUGAGGACGGUGGAUCCCGAGGCAACGCCCCCUAUUCAGACAGAUGUUGGCCCUGAUAAGUUCAUCGCCAAGAACUUCGACCUGGUGCGGAAGAUCGAAGAGCUCCAGCAGAACUUGCGAGUCCAGACAGCCGCUCGCGCGAACGCAGAAGCUCAGGUGGCCGAGCUAAGGGCCGCCAGGAACCAAUCUCCCACCCGGCGUGGGCUCGAGGACCUGAAUCUGGACGAGGGACCGUCCAACAUGCCGUCCCACGAGCAGCGGUCCAAACCCAAUGGGCGCCACUAUUCGAAUGUCACGACGCCACCACGCCGGUUCGCCGUUCCAGACACCGAUCACCUUCAAGACUCGGUCCGCUCCGAUAAGACCGCCGAUAUUUUGAGCUUUAACAACCGCAUGGAUCUCAAGGCCGACGUGGAAGAGCUUCAAAACCAGCUGCAACUCGCGCAGAUGCAAAACCGACACCUCCAAAGUCAGCUCGAGCGCUCGGCAUCCACCGAUUCCUCAGGUGCCUUUCCCGAUGAAACUGGUCGGAUGCGCAAGUUAGAGCAAGCCAAUGGAAGGCUACACGACAUGCUCGACAAAUCCAGCCAGCAGGUCUCUGCGCUGGAAAAAGCUCUGCACGCCGGUGAACUAUCGCUCCGAGACAUCCAAACCAAAUCCCACGAGGAAAUCCUUGAUCUCCUUCACACCCAGGAGGACUCUCGUCGGGUGCUUCUGCAUAGCCAUAACGAUGCUAUUGCAGAACUGACCGACAUGAAGGGACACCUAGAGAGGUUGAGACACGACCGGGCAAAACUUGAGGUUGACUUCCGCGACGCGAAGUCGGAUCUCCAGGAGAUGUCCAUUGCGAGAGAGCAAGAGGCUGCUAGCCGCGGCCAGCUGCUCGAAGAGUUUACGGACCUUCAAAUUCGCCUGGAUGCCGAGACUUCGAAGCUCGUUGACGUGACUUCUAGUCUCAAUCUUUACAAGAGUCGUGCAGACGAGUACUUCAACAAGCUCGAACAGGCUGAAAUUGCGGUGCUCAAAGCAAACCGUGCCGAGCAAUUUGCCAAGACGCAAGCCAGGGAAGCGGAGGAGAAUUGCGCGGAGAUGAUGGCAGAGAGAAAGCGUCUUGACACCACAAUCGAAGAUCUCCAGCACCAGGCACAAAGGCUCGAAGAGAAGAUUGAAGACAUGUCAACCGACUUGGAUGCAACCACGCAGGCCAAGAAGAGACUGCAGCAUGAGCUGGAGGACUACCGCAACCAGCGGGCCAACGAUGUGGAAGACAAAGAAUCGAGCAUGGAGCAGCUGCGCAAGAAGUACCAGGCUGAGUUUGCCACGCUCACGAAAGAGUUGGAUCUCACCCGGGAAGAGAAGCUGUUCAAGCAGGCCGAGAUCACGAGGCUACGGGAGGAACUCGACGAGCUCCGGUCUAAGUGGGACGACGAAGUGCUCAACAGUUCGACCUGGUCUAAGGAGAAGGCCCGCCUGCAAACGACCUUGUCAGAUGUCGUGGCGUCCCGCGACGAGGCGGUUUCUGCGCAUAACGAGGCGCAAGGCAAGAUCGUGUCCCUCUUGUCGCAGGUGCGCUCACUCCGGUCCUCGGUGGAUGAAAUCACCGCCGAGCGGGAGAGCCUCAUCCGCGAGAAGCGCAGUGUUGAAUCCAGAUUGGAGGAGGCCAAGGCUGGUUUGGAAGAGCUUGCCAAAGGCGAGAGCCCGUCGCUUCGCAACGCUGCGAACAUCGACAAGGAGAUUCUCAAUCUCAAGGCCGGGCUCGCGCAGCAGGAGGACAUCGCGGCGGCAGCGGUGGAGAAGAUGCGCCGCGCAGAGUCGCUGGUCUCGGAGAUCCAGAAGGAUAUCGUUGCCGAGCGUGAGGCGGGGGCAGAGCUGCAGAAGCAAAAGGCUGUUCUGGAGAAGUCGCUGAACGAGGUGCAAAUCAAGCUUAUCGACCUUGAGACUAAGGGUUACUCGACGGCCAGCAACGACAUCAAAUUCCUCCACAAGCGGAUCCAAGAGCUCGAAUCUCAGCUCGAGGAACAUGAAUCAGAGCGCAGCAAGUCCCAGCGCUCGGUGCGCAACGUUGAUCGCAUCGUCAAGGACCUACAAUCUCAGAUUGACCGCAAGGACAAACAGAACAGUCAGCUUACCGAGGACAUGGGCCGCAUGCGCGACAAGAUGGAUAAGCUGCUGCAAACCAUCGAGGAGCUGCAGGCCUCAGAGAGCAACAACGAGCUCGCAGCGCGCCGAUCUGAGCGCGAGCUACGCGAGGAAAAGGAGCGCUCGCUCAAGUUGGAAAGGGAGAUUGAAGGGUGGAGGCUGAGGAUGGAGAAAGGGAGCAAUGUAGGCUCUGUCGCGGGGAGUGUGUUUGGCGGUAGUAUGCGGAGUCGGCAUGUUGGUUGGGCCUCGGAAGAGCCGGUGAAGAUACCCCAGCGGAAGAGCAGUCUUAGUAGGGUGCCUUCCAUGACAAAGGGCUUUUUGUAA